AUGCCAACAGACAUCAGCGCCUUCAUCGAGCUAUGGGGCACCUCGGCAUGCGUAAGCCCAGUCACCAACAGUGCAAAUCUCAUGUGCGACUUCUCGCUUCAGAUUCUCUCCUCCCUUCAAGCCUCGGAGGCGUUAGAGCCCACAGCAGUGGAAGCCAACCGUCCACACCAGGCUGAAGAAGGAACGAAUCCUAGAGCAAACCGAGAUCAGUCCUAUGCGAGCAGGGAUUCAGGGGACGACACCAUCGAGAAAAGGCUCCGUGGAGGACGCUCGAAAGCCAGAGAUGCUUGUGCAAUGAGCGCCGUGCGUCUUCCAAGGUGGCGAUCAAGGGCAAGCCGGGAUAUGAAGAAGCUGAGAACAGGAUGCAGUCUUGGCAGGGGCAGCACAUCUUUGUGUAGAGCAAGAGGAGGCAAACUUAUGCACCGGGGCAGCCUGUCACUGUCAUCAUUGAUGAUGCCGCUGGCGCUGUAUGGAUUCGGCAACCAGGAACAAUCCAUUUCUCAGGCUUAUCGGAGGCGAUGUGCAGUCCGACCGAUAGCGAUGACGGUCCGAAUGCCACUGAAUGCAAUGAUGAUUCAAGUACGGUCCUCACUGCGUACCGUACGGAAGUACUCGGGCGGCCAGUGCGACGCUGCAGCCAACAAGUUGGCACUGCAGCAGUCUCACAGUCUUGCCAAGUUGGCACUCGUCGGAUGCCAGACGGACUCCCGCACAACUUCGGCUGGUUCAGAACUCGUACUGCCUGCCACGGAGAAACAACCAGAAGGUGAAGACGACGACGAAGCCGGCGACGACGAAGCCGGCGACGACGACGACGACGACGACGACGACGACGACGACGACGACGACGACGACGACGACGACGACGACGACGACAAUGAUGAUGAUGAUGAUGAUGAUGAUCUUGUUAUGAUAUGCCGCCAACGACGCCGGUACCGUCGGUGGUGCCGCAAAAAUGAUCAUCAGUGUGACAGUGCAGACAGGCUCUGA